AUGCGCAUGGCAGGAGUCGCAAUGAUGUGGUUGGUGGCGACGGGGAUGGCGAUGAAGGAGGAGCCGAUGAAGAAGGAGCCGAUGAAGGAGAUGGCGAUGAAGGAGGAGCCGAUGCUGAGGUUACGGGGUGGAGGUAAGAAGACGACAGAGGCGAAUGCAGACGACCACUCGGGAGAUUCAGACACGAAGCACUCGACCUGGCAAGCAGCAUUUCGUCGGAGUUAUGGAAGUUUUGGAGAGGGUAUGACAAACAAGUUCAGAAAUUCUGCAGAGUUGGCAAAGAUAUUCCACGAGAAGUUGUCCUCCCACGAAGGAUCCGACGAUGCGUCUGGGACCGGCGAUGGUGAGGCGUCGACGAUGAAGAUGAAGGAUGUGGACGAAGAAGCAUCCUCACAGCACAGAAGCGAUGCAAAGCAACAUGCCAAGAAGAAGACGAAGAGGAAAGAGCUAAAAGGCGCAUCAAAACCGGGCAAGCGUAAGAAUAGGGACAUGGAAGACAGCACUAGUGAAGACGAAGUUGACGAUGAGAGCUUGGAAGAUGAUGGAAGGUCGAGCCAAUCCUUGAGAGGAGAUGAGGAAGAAAGUGAGCUUGAGAGCAAGAAGAAACGAAUAGCAGAGCUGAUGCAAGAGAUAGAGAACUUGAGGAAGCUGAAAGAGCAGAAGAUCAUAGAGAAGAAGAUCGGAAAUGCUCAGCCUAACAAGGAGGCGGAUGCAAAGAUGGCGAGGCUGGAACGAGGCGCAAGCAAACGCAAAGACAGCAUGUCCUGUUCAGAAGGGGAAGAGGAGCAGGAAGACGAGGAUGAUGAUGAUGAUGAUGAUGAUGAGAACGAAGACCCUGAGUUGGAAUCUCUCAUUCAGCAACAAACAUCGCAAACAAGCGCUGCCUUUGCCACCCUGGCAUGGCAGACGGAAGAUUUCAUCGGCACAGAACUUCCGCCUCCUCCCAUGCAGGACGAUGAUUUCAAGGAGCAGUCAGCUGUGAAGAUUGUGAGUAAUCUGCCGGAGAGGGAAAGGCCCUUCCGUUGUAUGUACGACGGCAGCUACUUUGCAACAGCCCAGGAGAUGCUUGAUCACAUAGAGAAGCAGCGAGUGCGGGUUUUCAACAGACUGAAACCAGGCGACGACACUUUCUUUCCGAGGUCGAGGAUGCAGUUUCAGAUCGAGAAGGCAGAAACCAACCAAAGGAAGACUGAGGAGCACAGGCAGAGGAUGAAGGAACUGGCAGCGGUAAGGAAGGCGAGCAAGGGCAAGUGGAAGCCGGACUCGCAGAGGCUGCGAGAGGACUCGGCGAUCAACAAGUGA